AUGAAGCUGUCCGUGAAGACGCUCAAGGGCUUCCAGUUCGAGAUCGAAGUGAAGCCAGAGGACACGGUAUGCUGCCUCAGCGCUCACCGGGGAUGAAAUCCGUGCUUAAUUUGUUUCAUCCGUUGCCGUCCUAGACGGUGGUCGCGGCUCUCUUAACGGGGGAAAUAUGCGGCUUCUUGGCGUUGGCGGCAUUGUGAUUUGCUUGAUUCCUUGGGUCUCAUUGCCAUUGGGAGGUUCUUGAGGGAAAGGAGGUGGUAUUAGGCUUCAGAGUUGAUUUAUGGCGAGGUGAUUAGAGAGCAUUGCUUUUGGAUGUUGUAGUUCUUGUCGGAUCUAUCCGUAGGUCUUUGUUUAGUUGUUACACUUUCGGAUGAACCGAAAGUGGUACACCGAAAAUAUAUCUUGAAUUUCGCGUCUAAAACACUUUUAACUGUGGAAUAAUGUUUUACUCUAAAAUUAGUUGCGAAAGUGCUCAUGGCUUGGCUGACAGAAACACUCAAAUCUUGGACUGCAGAAUCUCUUCACGUACCAUAUGCUGAAAUGGUAGGGUGGCAUGACAUUUGUGUACUGGAGUCUGGUUCAGGCCCACAGGGCUCAGAUGAUCCAUUUAAACACAAUGCAGAUUAAUCUCACAUUCUGUGCUGACUAUCUGAAGCUGAGAUGACGGGGGAAUUUGGUGUACGUACACACUGGAUUCAGGUUAAGCCAGUGUGUGUACACACUGGAUUCCUCAAGCAUUCAAACCCUUAAGUUUGGACUAUUGAAGUUCUUGAGCUGCCUAAAGUUUGGUUUCAGGUCAUGUAACACGGAGACAUGAUCGUCCUCAUUUAUCCUAAAGUUUCAUGCUGAAAUUGAUAUCUAUUCAUCUGCUCCAUUAACUCCUGCCACGGUGCACAAUGUCUUUUCUAUGUUCUCCAAUCUAAGGCCCUGAGUACCACUGCAUGAUGAUGAGGGAGAUGCAUUAUAUUUUGUAUUCUUAGUACCAUGGGAAGGCUUGUAAUCUAAGCAUUUAUUUUUCGUUUCCCAUGGUGUUGCACGAGAAAGGCUGAUGUACUUAUUCUUUCAUGCUGAGUUAGGUUCAGGUUUGGCGAUUCUCAAUUCAUUAGCAGCUGGUUGAGUUUUCAUUUUUCAUCGGUACUACUUCAAUACCUAGACUAUGACUCGUGCUGAGGCUAGUAUGAAAGUCGAAUCAUUUUUAUCCACCAGAUAUAGGAUGUGGAAGUAAUGACUGAGGUUGUUUCUGUUAAUCAGUUGGAAAAAUAGCGUGGGAAGAAACGAGAAGAGGAAAUACCAUUGGGAGAAGGGUUAUAGACGAAAAAAGGAAUUAUGGACAAAAUUUUGGUUUAUCAAAUUGUAAUUCAAAGGGUGUUUUAUAAAUACGUUUUCAAAUUGCAACUUUGUGUUAAGUGCAGAUGAAACAACAAAAGCAAGCCAAUGCAAAUUCUUAGUUUUCCGUCGUUUUUCCGUUCUUCUUGACCAACACUACUGUUAUUUUAAUGAGCUGCUCUUUUUCGCUAAAUAGUAUACCACUUAAGCAUUUAAGAUAAGACAAUGAAGUCUGUUUGAAUUUUAUAUUCGUCAAGUUUUUUUGGUGAUCGGAUGCUUUGGUUCUAUGAUCAUUUUUGUCCCUCUACAGGUCAGUAUGUAUUUGUAGUUGGUUGUUGUGAUCUCAUGAAGUAUCUACAUGCUUACUCGCUUGUUGACAACUGUAAUUAAUGUCGUACCAUUUUAACUGUAUCUAAAUUGUUAUUUCAGGUUUGUGAUGUAAAGAAGAAUAUAGAGUCUUUUCGAGGGCAGAAUGUUUACCCAGCUGAGAAACAGAUGCUCAUUUACCAGGGAAAGAUUCUUGUAGAUGACACAACAUUGGAACAGAAUGGGGUUAUGGACUCAAGUUUCCUAGUCGUAAUGUUGAAUAAGGUAGAUUGAUCUUUCACCCUCGUCUAUUUCAGAAGUCAUUAUUAUUGGUUCAAUGUUUGAUUUAAAUACAUAGAAUAAGAAAAAAUACAUGAUUAAUUUUUCUGGUACAUCUCAGCUUAAUGCUUUCCUGGGGUCUGAAAUUUUCGAAGAAGAGAGCUAGUUGUAGAAUCAAGCUUAGGUCUUUGAAGUCUUUCAAUCAACGUGGAUAAUUUUUAUUUAUGAAACAAAGUUUAUAAUAUCAAUUAACGUGUUUGGUUGGGGGGCGCGUGUGUGUGUGGAGAAAAGACGGUGGAUUUCCUCUAACGUUUUAUCAAAAGUCAUGGGGUGGUAACUGGACUGGUUAUUGUGGUGUUCAGAAGGAGGGACCUGAUCUUGUAGCCUCAACUCUUGUUGCAAAUAGCUGAGAUUUCCUCAUUAAGUAUCUAGGUUUGCCAAUGACACAUGGACUAUUAACGUAUGAUUUAUCUUCCAAAAAGUGUAAGAAUGCUUUCCCCAUAUCAACCCUCUUCACUCAACCUUUCGGUUUCACAAGAAAAUAAACAUUCCGCUAAUGCUGCUUGUAGUAAGUCUUUAGAAAAGGUGCCCGGUAAAGAUGCUGUUAUUUUUACCGUCACCCAGGAGAUUUGAGGGAGAUUAUUUGUGUCCCCUCUCCUUGUCAUGUUGAAUCCUUUUCCCUUAUGCUUCUCAGUCCUUUUGGUUCUUUGCGUCUUUGUCCCAUGGUAAUCUAAUUGUUGGUUUCUCUGCUGUGCAUGCUACGGUGUUGGUUAUUGAUAUCAGUUUGAUAAUCUGUUGUUGGCUGCUUUAUUUUCUCACACCAAUAACUACUCUGAGAUGCUUUCAGGGUAGAACUUCUGAUGGGUCGUCAACAGCAACUCAGGUAUGCAACACUGCUCCUAUGCAUUUUGAAUGCUUAUUCUGUUUGUUUUAAAGUCCUCAUGGGGUCCUGGCCAUGACAUUGAAAGCUUAAAUUCGGUCACCCAUUCGGAUGCGUUUCAAUUAUGAAAGUCUUUCAAAGGAAGGGCAAUAACGUGAAACUAUCUCAUUAUUGAUACCCUUAUCUUUCUUUGUCUUUUGGUGAAAUCUAGGUAGGUGUCAUUAGUUUUGACCUACUUGAUUUGUUGUCAUGUUUCUGUUCUCAGAAUGAAGAUCUUCGUUAUUUAUUAGUUUAUGGAAAACUUGUUUGGUGAUUUCUUCUCUGUAAGUGUAAUGUAGGAAAGCCUUUCCCCAAAUCAUGAGUUUCUGGAAACCUAGUUAGCGAUGAUUAAUGGUGUGGUCCGAGCUGUGGUGGUGGGUGGUGGUGGUGGUUCAUUAUUUUCCAUGCUCCGCGAGAGAUAACGACGCACCCCCGGUCCUCAGGCCGAAGAGCGGCGGGGCGGCAUUGCCAGGCUGCCCAGUGAACCACCUGGGCAGCUCCCAGCGGCCGCGGUGGUCACUCCCGAGGAGCAGGAAGCUAUCAAUCGAGUAAAGUAGACUGAACCACCCUCUCUCUCUCUCUCCCUCUCUCUCGCUAGCUGUCGAACCUGGGCCUGCCACAUGGAGAGAGGAUCGAUCCUGCUCCUCUACCCCUUUCUGCACGCGCAUCGUUUUCAAACUUUAUUGCUAUUAUUAAUUUUCUGUAUGUGGGGUUUUAGCUCGAAGCCAUGGGCUUCGACCGGGCGCAGGUGACGCGGGUGUUCUUUGUCUGCAACAAGAACGAGGAGCUGGCAGCGAGCUAUCUCCUGGAUCACAGUCACGAGUUCAACUGA